CUCUCAUGUGUGUUCCCAAAUAUCCUGUGUGUUUCUGGGGACUCCUGCUUGUGUGUGCGUGUGUGUGUAUGUGUGCACUUGAAAGACAAUAGCAGUGUGUGUUUGAGCCCUUGCAGCACUGAGGACUGAUAACUUCACAGGAUGCAUCAGCUUCUGGUGGUGACCUUAGUGUUGGUGGCCUUCUGCAGUCUGGAGACCACAGCUUUUUCAGCUUAUGACAAGAUAGUCACCCAUAGCCGCAUACGGGCCAGGGAUCAAGGACCCAAUGUGUGUGCUUUGCAGCAAGUCACAGGGACCAAGAAGAAGUACUUCAGCACAUGCAGGAAUUGGUACAAACGCAGCAUCUGUGGCAAGAAUACUAUGGUUGUAUAUGAAUGCUGUCCAGGUUAUAUGAAACUCGAGGGUACGAAAGGAUGCACUGCAGUGGCUCCCAUUGACCAUGUGUAUGGUACACUGGGCUUUGUCAAGGCUACAACCACACAGCAAUAUGCUGAAGUCUCUAAACUGAGAAAAGAAAUUGAGGGAAAAGGCGCCUUCACCUUGUUUGCACCUAGCAAUGAUGCCUGGGAUGAGCUGGACCCUGCUCAACGAUCUGCACUAGAGAACAAUGUGAACAUUGAACUCUACAAUGCUCUGCAUUACCACAUGGUAAACCACCGUGUCCUCACCAAAGACAUGAAGAAUGGCAUGACUGUCAGUUCCAUGUACAAUGAAGAGGGGCUGCACUUCAACCACUACCCAAAUGGGGUUGUUACAGUGAACUGUGCCAGGAUUCUCCAUGCUAACCAGCUGGCCACAAAUGGUGUGGUGCACGUCAUCGAUCGGGUAAUCAAGGCCAUGGGGAACACCAUCAAGGAUCACUUGGAGCUCAAUGAAGACCUUUCCUCUUUUAGUGCUAUCGCAUUAGCUUCCGAUGUGAUGGACAAGCUGGGUGAGCCUGGCCAAUACACUUUGUUUGCUCCAACUAAUGACGCCUUUGACAAAAUGAACCCAGACUACUUGGAGAAUAUCAUGGAAGACCCGGCUGUUGUUAAAGCCCUGGUUAACUACCACCUGUUAAAGAGUGUCCAGUGUGCAGAAGCAAUCAUGGUAGGAUCACUGUAUGAGACUGCAGAAGGCAGCAGCAUAGAGAUUGGCUGUGACGGUGACAGUCUGACUGUGAACGGCAUCAAGAUGGUGCUGAAGAAGGACAUUGUAGCAACCAAUGGCGUCAUCCACCUGAUAGACCAGAUGCUGAUCCCAGACUCAGCCAAGGAAGUGAAAUCGUUACUGGGAACCUCCCAGAGCACUUUCAGAAGCAAGUUGUCUGAACUGGGCUUAGCUGAAUCCCUGGGUCCAAAGACAGAGUACACCCUCCUAGCUCCUUUCAACGGUGCUUUCACUAGUGAACUGAUGUCAAUGGACACAAACAUGCUGAGACUCAUUUUGGAAAACCACAUCUUGAAGAUAAAAAUGAAACUGAGUGAGCUGUACAACGAACAGACGCUGGAAACAAUCGCUGGCAAACUGCUACGAGUCUUCAUUUACCGCACUGCUGUGUGCAUAGAAAACACAUGUAUGGUGCGUGGUAGUAAGGAGGGGAGCAAUGGGAUGCUCCAUUCUGUGAGGUCUCUUAUCAAACCACCUGAGAAAACUAUCUAUGAGCUCCUGAUUGCUGACGGACGUUUCAAGAAAUUCCUGUCGUUAAUGGAAACAGCAGGUCUAUAUGAUCUGUUAAAGCAGGAAGGCUCUUACACCGUCUUUGCACCAACAGACGAUGCCUUUGUCGACCUCAGCAAGGAAGACAUGGCUCUGCUCAAAAGUGAUCUAACUGUUCUGAGAAACAUCCUGCUGUACCACUUCAGUAAUGGUACCUUCAUCAAUGGAGGAUUAGAGGGAGGAGUUACCAAUCUGCUCAAAACCUUCCAGGGCAAGAACCUACAAGUUAAAUCUGUAAACAGCUCUAUCCAUGUCAACUCUGUAGAUGUGUCAAACAGUGACCUGAUGGCAACAAACGGUGUGAUCCAUAUAGUGAAGAAUGUUCUUUAUCCAGGGGACCUUCCUGUGGGUCGUCAGGACCUCCUGAUCCUCCUGAGGAAGCUGAUUAAGUACAUUCAGAUAAAGUUUGUCUCUGGAUUUUCUUACACUGAGAUCCCGCUCACCUUCAUCAAAAGGACUAUCACAACAACUACUCAUUAUGUUGAAGUUCCUGAGUCAACGGUGAUCCGCAAUGUUACCAGGGUUAUUUCAGUGGAACCAUCUAUCACUACCGUAAAAAGAGUCAUCGAAGGGGACCCUUCACUUUUCGAAGACAUCAAAACAAACUUUUCAAUUACUACCAAGAUCAUCGAAGGGGACCCUACACUUACCCAAGUCACCAGAGUCAUAGAACGGGACUCUGCAGCUUCCAAAGUCACCAGAGUCAUCGAAGGGGACGCUAAAGUUUCCAAAGUCACCAGGGUCAUCAAAGGCGACCCUGCAGUUUCCAAAGUCACCAGGGUCAUCAAAGGCGACCCUACACAGACCAAAGUCACCAGGGUCAUUGAAGGAAACCCUACACAGACCAAAGUCACCAGGGUCAUUGAAGGAAACCCUACACAGACCAAAGUCACCAGGGUCAUUGAAGGACAGCCUUCCAUUACCAAAGUUACAAGAGUUAUUGAUGGUGCCAGUGUUGGUGGAGAUGGCAGCACAGGCCCAGACUUUUCCAGGAUCACUACAAUCCACGGAGACCCAAGUAUGAUCGAUGAGGAGUCUGAGAGAAUUAGCAGAAUCAUUAAAGAAGGAGGUAGAUUUGCUGCUGCCAGGAAAGCUCCAGCUGGAAUGAAGAGGCGGGCAAGGCUGGUCAGGCGUCACCAUAAGCCAAGGGAGUGAAUCUUGCAGAAAGAUAAACGCUUAGGGCUCACCACAAGGAUUGUAUGCAUCUCCAGCGCUCCUGGUCGAGCAGUGGUGGAUUGAAAAACCGCAGAUUGAGAUUAAAUUAAUUUAGCCAUUUCUUAAUCCAGAGAACCAUUAAGUUUGUUUUUUAUUCCAUCUGAAGCACAGUUGGUGUAAUAGCCAUACGAUUAAACUCUUUAUUUCCAUAAUGUUGGUGUGUAAGGAAUAGUGAUCUUUAAUGUGGGGUAAAAUAGGGUGAAAGGUGAGGUAUAUUCUACGAGGAUUUUUUUUUUUCAAUAUCACUUUGCAAACAGAUUAGUUGGAAAGAGUUUUGUAUUCUUUUUGUUUGUUGUUUUUUUGUCAUAUGGUGCUCUGUUUUAAAUAGUGUUUUGCUACCGGUAGAUCUUCUACUGUACCUCUGUAAAUUAUGGCAUGAUCAUUUUAAAAUGCCACGAUGGGGUUUUUUUCAGUUCUCAUGACUGUGUUAGAUCGACAGAUGUUUCAUACUUUUGAUUGGGAACUUGACUCGUGUAUGUCUAUACACAAUCAGACUUUAGAAUCCUAUGUUUGUACCUCACAAACAAGUGACCAAUAAAUGUGUAAA